AUGCCUUUAAAGUUUGAAAUUAAGAAGAAAAUGAAAACACGUUCAGAACGUGUUAAAUGCGUUGAAUUGCACCCUGAACUUCCUUGGGCUUUAGUCUCUUUAUAUUCAGGAAAUAUUACUAUUUACGAUUAUUCAAAUGAAACAACUGUUAAAACAUUUGAAAAUUCAGUAACUCCAACAAGAGCUGCUAAGUUUAUUGUAAGAAAAUAGUGGAUUGUUGCAUGUUCUGAUGAUUUAUGCGUUCGCGUUUACAAUUAUAACACAAUGGAAAAGAUUAAAUCAUGGGAAGCCCAUUCAGAUUACAUUAGAACUAUCGAAGUUCACCCUUCUGAGCCUUACUUUUUGACAAGUUCAGAUGACGCUACUAUCAAGAUGUGGGAUUUUGAAAAAGGGUUUUCUUUGGCUAGAACAUUCGAAGGUCACACUCAUUAUGUAAUGAAGAUGUGCUUCAAUCCUCGUGACACAAAUUUAUUUGCUUCAGCUUCUCUCGAUAAAACAAUCAAGGUUUGGAGCAUAUUAAGUAAAUCUCCUAAUUUUUCUUUGGUUGGUCACGAACAAGGUGUAAAUAGCGUAGACUACCACAGAGGAGAACACAACUACGUUAUCUCAGGAGGUGAUGACAGAUUAGUAAAAAUUUGGGAUUGCUCUACUAAGUAGUGCAUUCACACCAUCGAAGGACACUCUCAAAAUAUUUCUGUUGCUUUGUUCCACCCCGAACUCCCAAUUAUUAUAACUGGUUCUGAAGACGGCUUUGUUAAAUUAUGGCAUUCAUAAACUUAUAGAUUAGAAACUUCCUUAAAUUAUAACUUAGACAGAGUAUGGUCAGUAGACAUCUGUAAAGAUUCAUCCAACAUGCUUGCUAUUGGUUGUGAUGAAGGUUCUGUAAUAGUAAAAAUUGGCUCAGACGAACCUGUUGUUUCAAUUAAUAAUGGUAAGAUCAUCUAUGCCAAAAACUUAGAAUUAUUUACUGCAAACUUGAAAUCCGUUAAUACUGCUGAUAAAGAUGCUGUUGUUGAAGGUGAAAACAUUCCCAAUAUUAACAGCAAAGAUUUAGGCACAGCUGAUUUUUAUCCAACUGGUUUAAGACAUGCUCCAAAUGGUCACUCAUUUGCUAUUUUUAAUGACACUGAAUAUUCUAUCUAUAGAUCAAACAAUUUCAAAAGCAUAGUUCAUGGAAAUGGUUCUGAUUUAGUGUUCAAUACAAAUGGUGAUUAUGCUGUUAAGGAAAACUUUUAAGUUAAGGCAUUUGAUGGUUCUUCUAAUUAAUAAAUAUUUGAAUUUUCUACUGACUAUAUUGUUGAAGGUCUCUACGGUGGUCCUUUAUUAGGUGUCAAGAGCAGCGAUUUUAUUAUUUUCUAUGAUUGGACUACUGCAAAGAUUGUUAGAAAAAUUGAACUCAGUCUCAAAAAAUUAUAUUGGAGCUAAAAUGACUUUGUCACUCUUGCUUCUGCUGAUGAAUUCUACGUUCUUCAAUUCAAAAAAGAACUUAUUGCAGAUAUUGCUGAAGAUGAAAGUAAUGAAGGUAUUGACGAAGCUCUUGAAAUGGUAUAUGAAAUAUCUGAAAGCAUUAAUUCUGGUAUUUGGAUUGAAUCUCUUUUCUUCUUUACAAAUGGAACAGGAAAAAUCAGCUAUUCUCUCGCAGGAAAAUAAUUCACUUUCUAACAUACAGAUAAAAAGAAAUUUAUUUUAGGCCACAUUCCUACUUAAGAUAGACUCUAUAUGCUUGACAAAUUCUUUAACAUCAGCAGUUUUGAUCUUCCCGUUAAAGUAGCCAAGUAUUAGAGCUUGAUAGGAGAUGAACAAUAUGAUUAAGCAGCUGAAUUGAUUAAGUAAAUUGAUCUUAAAUAUUACGAUAAAUUGGCCAAAUUCUUAGAUUAACUUGAUAAGAAAGAAAUGGCUUUUAAUAUUGCCUAGGAUCCCGAACAUAAAUUUGAACUAGCUUUGUUAUUAGGAAAGCUUAAUGAAGCUAAUUUGAUUGCACAAGAAACUUAAAGUCCUAGUUAGUUGAAAUAAGUAGGUGACUUAGCCCUUUUCUAAGGUGAUUUAACUAGAGCUAUUAACUGUUUCAAACAAUCUGAAGAUAUUAACAGUUUGCUCUUGAUUUACACCUCUCUUGGUCUUAGAGAAGAAUUAGAAGAGCUUGGUAAAAAGGCCGUGGAAUAAAAGAGAAUGAAUGUUGCUUUCUAAAUUUACUUCUCUUUGGCUGACUUAGAUAAAUGUAUUGAUGUUUUGGUUAAAAGUGGUAGAAUCAGCGAAGCAGCUAUGUUUGCAAAGACAUAUUGUCCUUCUAGAAUAAGCGAAUUGACAAAGUUAUGGAAAGAAGAUUUAAUUAAAACUCAUCAUUAGUUUACUGCAUAGAAAAUAGCUGACCCUAUGGAUUAUAUUGAAGAUGACUCAUUCUCUGAUUUAAAAAUUCUUUUAAAACUUGAACAAUUUUACAAAGACCAAAGAGAAAAGAAUAAAGAUAUCCCUAGUUACAGCUUUGAUAUUUAUGAAUAGAGAUUGAAUGUAGAUUUAUUCAGCGCAUUAAAAUAAGAUCCUAACAGAAACUUAGCUGCAGUUUCAUUAAGACCUCCAAAUAUACCUGCUGAAAAUCCUUAUUUCAAUCCAAAUCAAGAAGAAGAGGAGGAAGAAGAGGAAGAAGAAGAAGAAGCAUAAGAGGGUGAAGAAGAGGAAGAAGAGGAAGUUGAAGAUGAAAAUUGA